GGAGCAGAAAAAGUUUUGGUUUCCAUUCCGAUUGGUCCGAACAUCCUUGCAACGAUAAUUAAGCAAGAACGCAACGAUGAAGACCAAGAGUCAAUCAUUCAACAGCAAUGUUCCUCCAAUUCUCAUCAUUCUAUCAAACAGGAUCAAGAACGAGUAACAAAGAGCACGGCAUCAACUGUUGAUCGUACACACAAAACGAACGAUAAGAAAGUUCCUCUCAAACUGGGCAGAAAACCAAAAAAACUUAACCUGCCGCCUACUUCUGAAACAGCUACCGAUGAUGGUGAUGCCUCGAUUAUGGAAAUGUACCAGCAACCUCUAUACGCAUCCGACAGCGAAGAACUUUUGAAAAUCUCGGUUAUCGAAGAAAUACCGCCCAAGGAUAAUACCGUUGCCCUGCAGGCGUCCGGGGUUUGCUCUGUUUGCGACAUGACCGAAACGGAUCAUUCGUGCUAUCUGCUGAUGCGCAAACCCUUUCAACGGCUAAUGGUUCGCGAAUGGUUCUAUAGCAACGUCGAUCAAUGCCUACUCGGCAGAGGCAGUGGCGUACAGGAUAUGGAAACGUUGCUAAGCAGCCAGCUGCCGGCCCUGACAACACGUCGGCUGAAUCGAGCAGCUUGGAAUCACAUUCGGGGCAUUCUGCGCCGGCUAUCCCUAGUACAACCUCAGCGUCGCUGCUCGGAGAAGUUUUUCCUCGACGAACGUACGCUGCUAGAGCAACGGCGAGAGAAGGUGCGGUUUCUGCAGGCCAAUCCAAUGUUUGAAUACCUAGACGACGAUCUCCCAGCGGAUAUUCCGGUAAGCAUCGAGUCGGGUGACCCCGUCGUGGCCGUGCUCAACGAACCCUACGGUGUGUUCCGUGGUGUCGUCGAGAACUUUGAUCGGCCGAUCGCUCGCUCCUACACCGUACGCUUCGAGGAUCCAGCAAUCAACGGUCAGAUUGUACCAGACAUUAACAUUGCAUCGGCCACGCCUGCUAGUGAUCCGAAACAGGAAGCUGAAGCUGAAGAGGAGAUAGUGAUGGUUCCUAAGAAUUUCUCAAAACAGCUAGAGUUGUUGAAUCAACAACUGGAUGAAAAGGAAAAACUACUGAAUGCAAUGGAGUGCUUACGCCUUAGGUAUAGAAGCAUUCCAGGACCUUCCGGGUCACAUCAGGUGCAGGCCUUGAUGCUGGUGCAUCAGCAACGCUACCAGCUUUACCUUGACAAUCUCCAGAACAUGAACAGUUCGAUUGCCCUGCUCAUGCGCACGAUUAAGCGAUUCGGGUUUAACGUCGACGAAGCGCUUAUUGACAGACAGGUAGUGCAGACUGGACAGCAUCUGCAGGACAUAUGCAACAAAGCCGGUAACAUUCCCCUCGGAAACAGUGUCCUGGAAUUGACACUACGCCAGCUACGUGGUCCACCAUCGCGCUUGAAAGAGCUGCAAAUGUAUCUGCAAAACAAAAAGGUCUUGCAAUAG